UUUCCUAAAGCCGUGUCCAUCCAAAACCUGAGCCAGGUUGACAGACCGUGGGAGAACGUCACCCUCAACCGCUGUCUGUUUGUGGCCAUUACCAUCCUUGUGCUCACCUCAGGCUUUCACAGGCUUCAUGAAGGUCUGCGUGGUCAGGGGAGAGUCCAGGAGGACGAGGAAGUCGAACUGAGAGUGAGACGGUCAGGCAUAGUGCGACACAGGGGACAACCACCACAGCCCGAGACAACUCUUUGGGAGGCCAUGCUUUGGUGGCUGCCAGACCUUGAUGAUGAAGAGGAUGACGACGAUGAUGAUGACGAUGGAGAAGUCAAAAGAGGGAAGCCAAAGAGGGGAGCGACAGCACCAACACGCAGAGGUCUCAGAAACAAGCCACUGCCAGACAAAAAACUCUUGAAACCAAAACAAGGGAAAAUAAAGGACAGGAGGGCCAGGAAAGCCAGGGACGAAGAAAUCAAAGACAAGAAAGAAAGAGAUACGAAGGAGGAACCUAAAGAAGCAGCAGAUGAGGAAGAUGAGGAUGAAGAAAUAGAGGACCAGCCAGAGAAGAAUCAAAAGCUGGAGGAAAAGAAAGAGAAGAAAAAGACUCAAAAGGGAUGAGUUCAUUCUUCCUUCAGUGGCUGUGGCCAUGGCAUUUUCUUAACAAGUUUCACCUGAAUAGAUUUGAUAACAUUUAUUAAAGGAGGAAACAUUAAACUCAAUGAAAGAUUUUUUUCUUUCAAAUCUUUCAAAUACCA